AUGAAGCGCGCGCACGAUGGGGAUGCCGAUGAAGAGCGCCUGGUGAAGGCGCCACGGCUAUUACAUCCUGACAGACUGUCCAAACUGAGCGAGGAGCUGCUUGUGCGCGUGCUUUCCUUCGUUCCUGUCCCGUCGCUGCUAGUAUGUCAAAGGGUAUCCAAGAGGCUCAGCCGACUUGCAGUUGACUCUGAGCUUUGGAAGGCAGCUUACUACCGCACAUUCGUUCUCCCACGCGCAUCUCGUAUACCAGGCAUCAAAGACCCUGCCAAUCCCAAUCGACUUCAUUAUUCCUCUCGGCUUUCAAAGUGGCUGGAAGAUGGCUAUCUCGUCAAAGAUGGGACACAGACAAAUUGGAAACAACAAUAUCGAUUGCGGCACAAUUGGACGCAGGGACAAUGCGCCGUCAGUGAAAUCGUGGUCGCUGAAAGGCCGCCAGAUCCACCGCUUCUGGUGAUGAUGUCGAACAACAUCAUUUAUGCUGCGGACUCUAUAUCUGGCCUUCGGGCCUGGAGCUCGAAGAAUGAUCGCGAUCUAUUGGCAUCCACAGAGCUCCUCGACGAAGCCAAUGCACCCCGGCUACCCAUUUCUAUGGCUAUAGAUGCCUCUGAAGGAGAAGAGAGUGUAGAGAGGGCCGCAAUAGGUUUCGAGGAUGGCUCUUUUUCGAUAUAUGCACUGAGGAAAAACCAUAAGAGAUUCAAGAAACUCUUUACGCACCCACCAUCCAGCAACGGGAUGCUAUCGGCACUUGCAUACUCGUCUCCUUACCUUCUCACCAUGACUGAAGACCACCUCCUUUCCCUCUAUGCUUUUGAGGAAAUAUCGACUGCGCACGGGAUGUUGGAUGCUCCGAAACUUUUAUAUUCCCUUCGAUCACACACCGCAUGGCCACCUGUUUCCCUAUCGCUGCGGAUGAAUGCGUCCGGCAUGACCGCCGCCAUCGCAUAUUCUAUUCCGACUUAUCUUUCUGGUUGGACUGUUGGCGUACAGGAACUAAUACUUUCGCAUAAAGGGGUCCUCCUUGAAUCGAGACUGGCUACUGCAGCGGACGAACAUUCGUUUACGCUAUCCGCGUAUCGCUCUCCGUCUUCACCUUCGGUACGAUUUUCAUUGCCUAUGCCAGGCAGCACAAGAGAAGCAACCGGGACAGGUGGACCGAGCAGAUCGAAGCCUACUUCAAUGUCAUAUUCGCAUCCAUAUCUACUCGUGGCACACCCCGACAACACGUUGUCAUUGUAUUUGGUUCGAUCGACAUCUAAAGCACUCUCUAUCAGCUCCGGGAACCGGCUUUGGGGUCACACGUCGUCAAUAUCUGGUGCCCACGUUGGUAUGCGCGGCAAGGCUGUGUCAGUAAGCAGACUUGGGGAUGAGCUCCGCGUUUGGGACUUGGAAGGCGGCAUGAACUCUUCUGUGAACCGCAAACGUUCGAGGAAUGGAGAACUGAGUGUGCGCAUCCAGCCCUCCAAAGUUGGUGAGGUGGACACUCAAGGCGACACAUCCGGAAAGCAGAUUGGGCUACGCUUUGCGCUAGACCAAGGCUUCGACGACUCUUCAGUUAGCCGAGGAUGGGUCGGGUUUGACGAGCAAAAUGUCAUUGUUCUACGGGAGAAGAGCGAAGGCAGCCAGGCACUCGUGGUUUACGAUUUUAGCUGAGAUGUAGCGAAGGAGUUGCCGCGUCGGACAGCGAGAUACCCCAUGUAGCGCUACUUAGUUGUGUCUUCUUUGGCUACUGACUGUUAUGUGAACGACAUUUAAC